AUGUGGACCCCAUUGUCAUCAAGGUACGGUAUCCUCUCGAGAUACAGACGUUGUGUCUAUCAUGGGCGUCUGUUUCGAGCAUUCGUUGUUGACAUUGCUCCUUUCCAGGGCUCCAAAUUCUUCUACAGCGGCAACGACACCCAAUUUUACAUUCGUGGUGUUGCCUACCAACAGGAAUACUCGGGCUCCAAGUCUUCCUCCGACAGCUUCAAGGACCCUCUGGCCGACUCCAAGGCCUGUUCCCGUGAUGUCCCUUACCUUCAGAAGCUGGGCACCAACACCAUCCGUGUUUACGCCAUCGACCCCAAGUCGGACCACAGCUCUUGCAUGAAGGACCUCAGCGACGCUGGUAUCUACGUUAUUGCGGAUCUGUCCUCUCCCGGUGAAUCCAUCAACCGCAACGAGCCUACUUGGGAUGCCGACCUGUACAACCGCUACGUCAGUGUUGUUGACGAGCUUUCUCAGUACAAAAACGUCAUUGGUUUCUUUGCCGGAAACGAGGUUUCCAACAGCAAGAACACCACCAGUGCUAGCGCAUUCGUCAAGGCUGCUGUUCGUGACAUGAAGCAGUACAUCAAGGCCAAGGACUACCGCCCCAUGGGUGUCGGAUAUGCCACCAGUGAUGACUCUUCUAUCCGUGAGAACAUGGCCGACUACUUCAACUGCCACUCUACUGAGGAGAACAUUGACUUCUGGGGAUACAACGUCUACUCCUGGUGCGGUGACUCCAACUACGAGAAGUCUGGAUACAAGAGCCGUACCGAUGAGUUCCGUGACUACUCCGUCCCUGUCUUCUUUGCUGAGUACGGUUGCAACGCUGUUCAGCCCCGUAAGUUCACUGAGACCGAGACUCUCUUCGGUGACAAGAUGGCCGACAUCUGGUCUGGUGGUAUUGUCUACAUGUACUUCCAGGAGGACAACAACUACGGUCUCGUCUCUGUUGAUGGUGACAAGGUUAGCACUCUGGACGACUUCAACAACCUCUCCAAGCAGAUUGCCAAGGUCUCCCCUACCGGUGUUGAGAAGAGCAAGUACAAGCCCACCAACACUGCCCUUCAGUCUUGCCCCUCUGUCAACAGCGACUGGGCCGCCGCUGCUACUCCCUUGCCUCCUUCCCCUAACCAGGAGCUUUGCUCUUGCAUGGAAGACAGCCUGAGCUGCUCUCUCAAGUCCAGCACCUCCGGUGACAAGCUCGGUGAGCUGCUGGGCACUGUCUGCGGAUAUGACGUCUGCGGUGGUAUCAACACCAACGCUACCAGCGGUGAAUACGGUGCCUACAGUGUCUGCAGCCCCGAGCAACAGCUGUCCUACGUCAUGGACCUCUACUACAAGAAGCAGAACAAGAACAAGUCUGCUUGUGACUUCAACGGCGCCGCUGCCACCAAGUCCUCCAGCUCCCCCAGCGGCAGCUGCAGCGCCCUGCUCAACGAAGCCGGCUCCUCUGGCACCGGUACCGUCACCUCCUCGCCCACCGCCUCCGUUGCUGCUUCUGGCAGCGCUGGUGCCUCUGCCUCUGGCUCCGAGGGUGCCGGUAACAUGAUCGCUCCCGUCCACGUCAGCGUUGGCUACUGGCAGCUCGGUGCGUACGUUGUUACCGCCUUCGCUGCUGGUUUCGGUAUGAUCUUGCUGUAA